AAUGGUAGGGUACAUUAAGGCAGGACAGUUAGUAAUAUCUGGGUUUACUGGUGCUUUCAAGUAGAUGAAAUACCAUUGUUAAUGUCAAUUCUAUUUGGAUUAUUAUUGUUUUCUAACACCUGCACUGCUGUCAUCUAGAAUCCAUAGCCCUGCUGUGUCCCUUAACWAUAUAUUUGGUCUGGAGGGCUGUGAAAGACGAUGCAUCUGGUCCUCAGGGUACUGUGUUUCUCUCUGCUCAUACCGGGCUAUCUGAGUAGCACUGGUGAGAUAGCGAUAGGCUGUGCGCAAUGGAGAACCUCUGCUGGUUCUCCGGAUAUCUGCUGUGAAAGCUGCCAUCCAGGGAACCGUCUGGUGACUCCCUGUGGUCCAGACCCGAAAAAGCUGUGUGUUCCCUGUAGGAAUGAGACCUACACAACUGGCACAACAUCACUUUCCUGUCGCAGGUGUACUCAGUGCGUAGGUGGGGCCCAGACCCUUAAGAAGGCCUGUACAAGAAGCAAGGACACAGAGUGUGACUGUAAGGCAGGACUCAGAUGUGGUGAUGGCCACUGCUCCUUCUGUGUCCAAGAGUGUGGAAAGGGCCAGGAACCUCUUCCCGCUGCACGCUCCUGCCAGAAUUGUCCAGUUGGGACCUUCAGUGACCAAAUCCAUGAGAAGUGUAAGCCUUGGAGAACAAGCUGUCCCCAUCCCAAUGAACACAUUGUGGCCUUGGGAGAUGCAGUUAGUGACAGCAAGUGCGGCAUUACCAACAAUUCAAUCCCCCAAGUGAUUACCUUACCUACGAAACGGGGCUCUGAAGAUGGCACAGGGCUGGUUUGGGCUAUAACGGCCUCGUGUGGAGUCUUUAUCAUCCUUAUCAUCUUGUUUCUGGUCAUCAUCAUCAACAACAUCAAAAAGAAACCAGAGAAGACAACCCGCAAUGAGCCAAACCUUAUUGUGCCAACUCCUCCUACAGAUGAGCCGAGGAGCCUGAUAGACRUCAGUUUCCACCACCCUCAGCAGGAACAGGGCAGCAGUUCUGAAACACUGCACUCCCAGGACUCUGAGACCAAGCUCCUGCCUGUGUGAUUCGGAGUGGCGGGGUUAUACUAGGUCUGAUCUACAGGCCACUACCUCACACACUGGCUCUCUGAUGUGUUGGCCAAUCACUGGAAAGGCAUCGUUCCGGUACUGUUAGACUCUGAUUGUUCAUGCCACACGCUGUCAACUAAGGAAUUGAGAGGUUCAGAUACUUUUGAGCAUUUGUGAUCUCUUUAAUAMCCCAGUAUUUGUUUGUAUCUUACAUGCACAUUCAAAGAUGUGAAUAUUGAGAUCUCUAUGUAACAAUAACUUUCUGUGAAAGUAUACAAUUUAUGUUAGCCAGUAAACUGAUAUUCAAAUGUCACUAGUGGUGGGGAAGUUCAGGGGGAAAAACAUUGUCAUUAUUUGACCUAUUCAUUAGUUGACUCCCCAGCAGUUACUGUAUCAAGUGUCUGCUGCUGGAUUAGUUCAAUUAUGUACAUACUUGUACAUUUCCUGGUUUUAUUAGCAUAGUUUCCUGUUAAUAUAGUUUAGAUGACCUAAACGUGAUGAAAUACUACACUUGACAUUUGUAUGUGCGAGGGUGUGAGCAGAGUCAUGCCGUUUUAGUAUAAUACAGCGCAUGAGGGGUUGCAACAGCAGUGUAAACCACAGACAGCUAGAUGUGACUGCCCACAUGCCUCCCACUGGCUUAUAUAUUCACGUAUUUCCUGUAAGGCUAAACUCCGCUGCCCACAGUUACUGAGCAGAAGUAAAUACCCCUAUUUAACAUUACUGUAACCCAAAAUGUGACGUUUAAUUGCACAGGAGAUUAAUUACAGCAAGGACAUAAGGUAUUUUUCUCAGCACUUUAAGGAAUGUGCCAAUGUGAUACAGUACGGGACUUGGAGCAGCUUUUUGUGUGAAAGUACUGCUUGUAUUGAAUGGGAUAAGAGUGAAGGACAUGUGUGGGAAACUAUGUCAUAUUCUUCUCUAUGAUACACUGCCAGGAAGUGAGGGGUCUGGACUUUCCUUAUAAAUGUAGUAGGGAAUGCUAAAGGUCAGGGAAUCCUCUCACGUGGGGCUUUCCCAAGCCCUUUACACAGAAGCUUAUCUAAGGUCAUUGGAACCAUAAAUUAACUAAUACAAAUGUAAAUUGCACUUGACACACAAUUUAUAAUGUAGGUAAUAGGCAUUGCAAGUGAUUCCAAAGGGCUACCUUUAACCCAGUUUGAUUAAAUCCUUUCACCACUGUAGCUUUGGAAUCACAAGCAUUGUUUGUGGGUGUUCCUUUGACUUGCUUAUACAUGCAUGUUAACUCAAGCCGUUUUGCCCUGGUUGUAAAUAAUAGCUUUCACAAGGUAUCCUACGUGCUGUACAAUAGGAUGACAGAUCCGUGAUAGUGUCUGACACGCGAUACUUCCCUGUGGGCUCUCCACUAGGCAGAGCUGGGAAAGCCGAGGGAUUCUGAUGUGUCAUAUUAAUCAUGUAGUACCAUCACUSCUGGGAAUGUACACAAUGAACACAGAAUGGAACUGUCUGACUAAAGCUCACGGGAUCCUGUUGGAAUGCUGAAUUACAGUGCAGGGAAGACCCGUGACUGUUAAAAAGAGCACGUGUAGAAACAUUGGUCAGAUCUGUACUCAUGUAACCUUGACUUGUCAUGAGUAUACAGAGGAAUAGCGUAUCAUAGUGGAGUUACAGUAACUACGCAUGGGUGUCUGAACUGUAUCUGUAUUUAGCUAGUGUGACAGGCAUAGCCCACAGAUGGAACAUCUCACAUUCACAAUAGGGGCCAUAAUUGCAUACAUGGUGUAAAAUGUUAACCCACACCCAUGGAGUGGGCUUACAACAGUAGUGGUGUUAAUGAGUCAUCACCGCCACAGACUGUCAGUCAUCCGAGGACAAGGUUUUUAAAGAGCCAGUUACACUGAUGAAUUAUGAGUGGCAUUCAUGCGAAUAUGUACUUGGACUGGCAGGCUCCUAGGACUUUCUAUGCCUUGUAUACAAUACGUUAUGGUCCAUGAUAAAAUGGUACUGAUUGAAUAAGUACUGUAAUAUUGUUGACGUUUUGAUAUUAAAGAACUAGUAAAUACCA